AUGGAGCCUGAAGCCAGAAGAGGAGAGAGACCCACCUAUAGAAAGCCAUAUCCAGCUUAUAUUGAUAAGAUACCUCUAUCUCCAGGUUUCAAGAUGCCAAACUUCAUCUUGUUCAAUGGAGAGGAUCCCCACGCUUCAUCGGUUGAGCAUAUAGGCAAGUUCUCUGUCCAGUGCAUAGCCAUAGAAAAUAACCCUCUGUUGAAGUUAAGGCUUUUCGGGAAUUCUCUCUUUGGACAAGCUUUCACUUAG